GCGAAAGGCCCAGUGGCCGAAGUCCGACCGCGACCCCCUCCGUACACCGUCCUGUCUCCACGGCAGCAACGCUUGGUUCUCACCUUGGUCACUAUUGCCGGCUUCUUUGGGCCUUUUGCGGGCAACAUCUAUCUCCCGGCUUUGCCGAUCCUCGAAGAUGCUUUUCAUGUGACCGCGACGGAGAUUAAUGUGACGGUGACGGUGUUUAUGGUGGUAUUUGCCUUUGGGCCCCUGUUCUGGUCCAGCUUUGCCGAUCGCGGAGGCAGGCGCCCGCUCUAUUUGACCUCUCUUCUGGUCUACAUUGCAGCCAACAUCCUGCUGGCCGCGAUCCCGGCCAACUAUGGCGCUCUCAUUGUUCUGCGCAUCGUGCAAGCGUUUGGGUCCGCGGCGGUGGUCUCCCUGGGCGCGGGGACAGUUGCAGAUAUCACCGAGCCCAAACAGCGCGGACGGGCCAUGUCGUACUUUCUCUUCGGGCCGCAGUGUGGGCCAAUAUUCGGACCCUUGAUCGGCGGCGCCAUAGCGGGCAAUGCCUCGUGGCGGUGGAUCUUCGCAUUCCUAGCCAUCUCCGGCACGGCAUUAUGGCUCGCCCUCCUCUUCUUCCUCCCGGAAACCCUCCGCGCGCGCGUCGGCAACGGCGCCCUCUACGCUGACAAGAGCUGGUUCCUAUGGCCGCCGCGCUGGGUGUCACCCGAAGCCGAGGAGAGUGUACGCGGGCCUGCGCCCCCGAAACCCACGCUGCGCGGCUACUGGCGCCUCUUCUCCUACCCGCCCAUCGGCAUCGCCUGCGUCAACACCGCCCUGUUGUACUCUUCCUACUUCUGCAUCGCCAUUCAGCUGCCCUCCGCCCUUGAGAAAGUGUACGGCUGGUCCACCAGUGCGGUCGGGGCGGGUUACGUGGUCGUCGGCGUCGCCAUGAUCAUCGGCUCCGUGGCGGGGGGCCGCUUCUCCGACUGGCAGCGCGCGCGCCUCGAGCAGAAGCUGGGUGCGGAGCGCGUCACGCCUGAGAUGCGGUUGAAUGACCAAAUCUGGGGGCUUGGGAUCGCGUCCGUAGGUUUGAUCAUGUUCGGCUUCUUCGUGCGCUACGCGGUCCAUCCGGCUGCGGUCUUGAUUUCGACGUUUUUAGUCGGGUUCGGUAUGUCUUGGAUGUUCGUCGCCUCCAACAGCUUCCUGACCCUAUGCGUGGCCCAGCAGGCGGCGGGGGCGUUCGCGCUGGGCAACAUGCUGCGCAGUCCCGGCGCGGCAGUUGCGGCGGUGGUGGUGGGCCCCCUCGUCGAGCGCAUGGGCUGGGGGUAUUGUUUCCUGGGGCUGGCGUUGUUGGAUCUCGUGGCGGUUGGCACGAUGCUCGUGGUGCUGCGCACGCAGUCACCGCGGUGGUGCCGGGAGAGGAAUGCGAGGAUU